UUGCGUGUGCGCGCGUGCCUCUAUAUAUUAUAAGUCUACGCAUCAUCACGUAUGACGGAACCCCGCAAUUACGGGCGUGGCUGCGGAGAGAGAGAGGGAGGAAGCCGCCAUUUUGUUUGUUUGCGGAUGGAAGGAGAGACGUUUAUCCUUCGCAGCUCGCCGUUGAGGAUGAAGCACUCAAAGCUAACCCAGUGCUCUGGGCAGGGUGAAAGAAGGAGCUGGGAUGAAGAAAAGAGCGCACACAGCCAAAAGCGCAGGCGGAAGUCUCACAGCAGUGAAAGAGAAGGCAGAUGCUAUAAAUCACUUAAAAGUGCCAACAGCAGCUACUUGGAAGAUAGAUCCAUAACUAAGAGAGACCGUCAUGACCGAAGAUAUGUUGAGGAGUAUGUAAAUGACUUCCGUGACGUAGAUGACUAUAAGCAUUAUUGCAGAGAGUAUGAAAAGAGUCACCAACAUCAUUUUAGCAAAUCCUCUGGUCAAAGUGGGAAAAGUAGUCAUAAAAGAAAGCAUAAGAAACAUGACCCCCAUGACAGCUUGUAUUCGAAGAGUCACCGAAGGAAAAGAUCCAGGAGUGUAGAGGAUGAGGAGGGUCAUCUGAUCUGUCAAAGUGGAGACGUACUAAGAGCAAGAUAUGAAAUUAUUUCAACUUUAGGGGAAGGUGCUUUUGGAAAAGUAGUAGAAUGCAUUGAUCACCACAUGAAAGGGAUGCAUGUAGCUAUAAAAAUUGUGAAAAGUGUUGGUAGAUACCGAGAAGCAGCUCGUUCAGAAAUUCAGGUAUUGGAGCACUUAAAUGCCUUGGAUCCUGGCAGCAGAUUUUAUUGUUAUGGUUGUUUUCUUUUUUCUAGCUGUUGUGUACAGAUGCUGGAAUCGUUUGAACAUCAUGGUCAUGUUUGCAUUGUAUUUGAGCUGCUGGGACUCAGUACCUAUGACUUUAUUAAAGAAAAUAGCUUUUUGCCUUUUCCUAUUGAACUUAUUAGGAAGAUGGCUUAUCAGAUUUGUCAUUCUAUAAACUUUUUGCAUCACAAUAAGUUGACUCAUACAGAUCUGAAACCUGAAAAUAUUUUAUUUGUAGAAUCUGAUUAUAUAGUAAAGUAUAAUUCUAAAAUGAGGCGGGAUGAACGGACACUGAAAAAUACAGAUAUUAAAAUUGUAGACUUUGGAAGUGCAACAUAUGACAAUGAACAUCAUAGCACUUUAGUGUCUACAAGGCACUACAGAGCACCUGAAGUUAUAUUAGCACUUGGGUGGUCCCAACCCUGUGAUGUCUGGAGCAUAGGAUGCAUUCUGAUUGAAUAUUACCUCGGUUUUACAGUCUUUCAGACACAUGAUAGUAAGGAACAUCUGGCAAUGAUGGAGAGGAUACUAGGACCUUUACCCACGCACAUGAUUAAAAAAUCAAGGAAACGUUACUUCCACCAUGACCAGUUGGACUGGGAUGAACAUAGUUCUUCAGGUCGCUAUGUUAGGAGGCGGUGUAAACCACUAAAGGAAUUCAUGCACUGUCAUGAUAAAGACCAUAAAAAUCUUUUUGACCUUAUUCGUAGGAUGUUGGAAUAUGACCCUGUCAAGAGAAUUACUCUAGAUGAAGCCCUGGAGCAUCAUUUUUUUGACCCUUUAAAAAACAGAUAAACUCAUUUGAUCUACCUUCCUCCAAAGAGACGAUAAGACUGUGUCAGUUAACAACAUAAUGUGAGAA